GUUCAAUUUCUCUGAGCAAUCCUCAAAAAGGAACAUCUCUCUCUGUGUCUGGGGUAGUAGUCAUACAGGCUUCUAAACCGGGAAGUUCACCAUGAUACGUGCUGCUUUGAGCAUCUGGAUCCUGUCUGCUGUGGUCUGCUUGGGCAGAGGUGAUCAUCAUGGCGAUCAUUCCCAUGAAGAUGGUCAUGCCCACCACCACCACGACGAGUCUGAUCACAGCACUAGUAACCUCAAACUGGUGUCUUCAGCCAACACAGACUUUGCCACCCAGUUGUACAAAAAAUUAGCUGCUCAGAAAGACUUGCAGGGCAAAAACAUUUUCUUCUCCCCAAUAAGUGUGACCCUUGCCCUGGCUGCGUUGUCUGUCGGGGCCCGUGGGGACACAUACCAGCAGCUUUUUACUGGUCUGGGCUUCAACAGCUCUUUAUUGACCCAGGCUGAUGUAGACAAGGCAUUCAAAUCACUCCUCACUGGGUUUAAUAGGACCUCUCAAGAGGACCUUAGUGCAGGAACGGCCCUGUUUGUGCAGGAAACCUUCAGCCCACGGGCCCAGUUCAUGGAGGUGGUGAAGCAGGAGUACCUCGCAGACGUCUUCGCUCUCGACUUCCACAACGCCACAGAGAGUGUGAGCAACAUUAAUAAAUAUGUGGCAGAGAAGACCAAUGGGAAGAUUGAAAAGCUGGUUGAAGACCUGGACCCUGCUACACUCAUGUACCUAGUCAGCUACAUGUACUUCAAAGAUAAAUGGGAGUUACCGUUUGACCCCACGGACACCAAGGAGGACGUUUUCCAUGUUGACGAACAGACUCAGGUUCCAGUACAGAUGAUGAAUAUGGAGGAGUCAGUCAACACUUACUAUGACAAGGAGAGUUCCACAUCAGUCCUGCAGCUGCAGUACAACGGGUCCAGCUCCAUGCUGCUGGUGCUGCCUGAUAAAGGCUUGGCUGAGCUGGAGGAGGUCAUCUGCCAGAACCACGUCAACAAAUGGCUCAAGUGGAUGCGACGGAAACAAACCGAUAUAUUCGUUCCCAAGUUCUCCAUCAAGAUGUCUCACUCCCUGAAGAACGUUUUGAGUGAAAUGGGAAUGCAAGACAUGUUUGGCUCUGCCGCCGAUUUCAGUGGCAUCUCAGACCUGAGGCUGAGCGUCUCCGAGGUGGUGCACCAAGCCACGCUAGACGUGGACGAGGCGGGGGCCACCGCUGCAGCCGCCACCGGAGUAGGGAUCACCCUCCUCUCCUUCCGCAAAAUCCCUGUCCUGAAGUUCAACCGUCCUUUCAUUGUCCUCAUCACGGACUCCAACAAUGGAAACAUCUUCUUCAUGGGAAAGAUUGUUAACCCAAACAUCUGAAGAUAAAUAAUUCCUCUAAAAUUAAUGAGAUAUAUUUGUUUGACUGUGUGUUUGUGUGGUAAAAUAAUAUGAGGAGGGAUGGAUUAUAUAUAUUAGCAUGUUCCCUUUGUGGUUGAUAUCAUGAGUCUUGCGACGUACAGUUGAGCACCAAUUAAAAAAUAAUGGGGGCAAGAAUGGAGAACAAAGGGGAAAUUAUAACAAUAAACCAAGAACUAAACAGCCUUGGUUCUGAGCAUGAAUGAGACAAGUUUUCAGGCUAUAUUUCUAUAUUAUUGAUAAUUGAUCAAUUCAAGUAAACACAGUCAUUCUUAAACAAUACAGUGUAUCAAGAAGGCAACACUCAUUACACAAGAGUAUAUAGAGUGCUGUUUAAAUAUUAGAACGAGAGUCAAACGCUUCAAAGUUCAUUUUCUCUGCUCAACUCUCAAAAGGGAACAUCCCUCGCACUCUAGAGUUAGUCAAACUCCUAAAUUGGCUUGAAGGGAUUUACCAAUCACCAUUCAAACCCCUCAAAGUCUAGUCUUGUUCUUUACAAUAGUUGAUAGGACAUUCAAAUUAAACAAAUUGACUAUCUUUAGUGAAUAAAAACACAUUGGCUUACAUAAUUGACGUGUUGAAAUACAUGAUCUCAUAUGUAACAUUAUACUCUACUGACCAUUAUUAUUCUAACUUUUCACCGCUCCCCUUCAACCAAUCUUUGUGUGUGUGUGUGUGUGUGUGUGUGUGUGUG